GACAACUGCGCGUGCAACAUGUUUGUCAUCAUCUGUCAGUCACCGCGCCCGUCGUACAAUCAAAAUCUAUUUAUCUUGCGAUUGUUUGCGAUUAUAAUGUUUAGUAUUUACUGGCAAAACUGACGGAACGAGGCUGUGGAUCCGGUGAAAUUUGCCACUGCUUUUUCGCAACCGCUUGCCAUCUGAUCGCAUCUGAGCAAAUCCGUGUCGUUGAUCCACAAUGUCUACAGCCCUGUUGGCUGUAGUGGCUGUGAUUUUAUGUAUUUUGUUCCGGAUACUGAACGUGAACUCGCAACCCCAAAAACCGACCAUUUGGUGUGGAGACAACAAGUUCCUGGACAAUGUUUUGAAGAUUUCACCUCUUUUAAAUGAACCGUACAUUCCAACUCGAUUAUGGGGCUUUAGUGGUCACGUGCAGACAAUAAUCCACAGUGUUAUCGGUCGUGUAAAGUGCCCCUGGCCGAUGGGCGAACGAAUCUUCCUCACUCUUUCCGAUGGUACCACUUUGACCUAUGAUAUGUACCAACCUUUAGACACCAAUUUUCCUGACGAUAUAUCCAUAGCAAUUUGCCCUGGUAUUUGCAACACCUCGGAAUCAGUCUACAUUCGAACCUUCGUCCAUUGGGCUCAAUACCACGGUUACAGAUGUGCGGUACUGAAUCAUGUUGGAGCUUUGCCUAAGGUUCCAGUAACAGCACCUCGAAUUUUCAGUUAUGGAAACACUGAUGAUUUUCACGCAAUGCUGCUAAACUUGAUCAACAGACAUCCAAAUACCAAGCUGGUAUGCGUAGGUUUUAGCCUGGGUGGAAAUCUCGUAACUAAGUACUUAGGCGAAAGCGACCGAGUAAAGCAUCCUAACAUUAUAGGAGGUAUAUCGAUAUGUCAAGGUUACAACGCCAUCGAGGCCACCAAGUGGCUGUUGAACUGGCAAGACUUCCGCCGAUUUUACCUGUAUGUGAUGACUGAAAAUUUGAAAAACAUCAUAUUGCGACACAGCAAAGUACUGUUGAGCGAGGAAUCGAAACAGCGAUUCAAACUGGUGGAGAAUGAGAUCAUUUCGGCUGCCACAUUACCCGAACUAGACGAGGCCUAUACGAGGAAGGUGCAUGGAUUUGGUUCUAUUACGGAAUUGUAUCAUUGGAGUUCAAGCAUCAACUACCUGCACAACAUUGAAAAGCCCAUUAUUUUCGUCAAUGCGAAAGAUGAUCCCAUAGUGCCAGAACCUUUGCUGGAGCCAAUCCGGAAAAAAGCCACUGAAUCGCCUAACACGCUCUAUGUUGAAGUGGCCCAUGGAGGGCAUUUGGGCUUUUAUGAAGGAGGUCUUAUUUACCCCAACCCAGUAACAUGGCUGGAUCGCACACUAGUAGCCUUAGUGGGCAGCCUGGCUUUACACUACGACGACAAAAUAAUGAAAACCAGAUCAGGCCUUGGCGUUUAAAUCGCCCCUAAACAUUCUCUGUGAAAUGCACAAAUGUGGUUUGCGGUCUGCAGUACCGCUCGCCCGUUUUCCAACUAGAUCCAAGUAGAACAUGUGAAGAUUAGAGAUAAUACUAGGCGAAAUAAAAGCUGUUUUGGAUGCGUAAAAGUUGAUGCUUUGUGUUUUUCGUUCGGAUUUUAAAUCGUUUACAUGAUCUGUUUUGACCGAAGUUAAUGGACGCCUUUCCGUUGAAUUUUGGAGGAAACUUUAUUUAUUUUUUGGUCUAAUUUAUACAUUUUGCCUUUAAGGGGAUGCGCACUGGGGAAUGCGUUUUACUGUCGAUUUUAAACUGGAAAUGUUUUGUCUUAACGUGGAAAUGAGUCAAAGGCACCAGUUUUAAAUAUUGAAUUAGUGACUGUUUCUUUCCUGGUGGUAUUUUGUAUUGCGACGGUUUCUUGCUGUUGUGCAAGAAGUGUUUGGUUUAGAAGUAACAAACGAAAGCAUUCAGAAGCCAUGAAGAGUUGUUUGUCCAUCUAGAUCCAAAAAAGCGGUCAAAAGCCGUUACAGUAUUUAUUUUAUUUGAAUAUUUCAAAGCAUUUUUACAUCUUCAAAGUAUUAUUUGUUGUCGCAGCAAUUGUCUCAUUAUUUGAAACGUAUCGCCGUAUCUUUGGAACUAGAGGCCAAAUGAUGGUUUUUAUUGAGAACGCGGAACAAUUUUUUUCAAAAAUCAUCGACUUCUGGUGCAUUAUGCAAUGGCUUAUUUGCAUUUAUACUGUUACGUGUUUUCUACUCAACGCCAAAUUAAAACAAAUUUCGGCAAGUGAUAAUAAGUCAAAUAUUUCUUUUUUGGGGGCGGCUUUAAACCAAAUAAUAAUAGGUACAUUAAGGGAAUUUUGAAAGGAAAACUAUGUUUUGUUGUCAUUCCACCCAAAUAAUUUAAUUUAGAAACAGGUUUACGUUGUAUUUAAAUCUUCUGGCGCAUUUUACAUCGUUAAUUCAUGUUCAUUUUGCAAUUUCCUAACAUUAAUCAGUCCAAGAAAUGGUACUGGUAGUGAUAAAGAAAAAAAUUCGUUUUUGUACUUAUUGUGAUAUACUUAUUAGUGAAACCUUAUAGACAUAUUUAAUACCGUACAUAAGCGAAUAUUUUUUAUUUUUUUAUAUUUUAUGGGCAUUCAAUGCAAUGUUUAUUUUAUUUUACCGCUUUUUCGUGCAAAGCAUAGAAUCCGUUUGUGUGUUAUUAACGUUAAGAGAAUUCAUGUAUUUAUUAAUAAAUCUGUUUAAUGGAA